AGCAAAAUGGUUGUUCUUUAUUCUGAAGGAGGUGGACAAAUAUAAUAUAAAGAAUAAUUACAACUUUGAGAGCAUAGAAAACAAAAAAGAAAUUGCAAAAUAUUUUCAUUUUAAACAUAUUAAGGAGGAAAGUUCGCUGAAUUAUACAGCAAAUGUCAUCAGGCGUGUCAGAUCAGAUGAAAAUACCCGGAAAUACAGGAAAAAAUGCUGACCGAAACGUACCAUGGAUCCCGCAUGAGGAUGAAGCAUCAGCUUAUGAAAAUUUAGCUUCCCCAAUAAACGAAGAUAAUUCUUCCGCUGCUAAUCAAAAUUCAUCAAUGCAGUUUCAGUAUCCUCCAUUUAAUGCUAAAGAGGCGCAACAGUCGUCUUUUAAUAACUACAAGUCUCGCAAGUCUUCAGCUCCAUCCUCAUCUUCAAACUACGACUCAAAUAAAAAAUUUAACAAGCCAGCUUUUUAUAAUAACAAGAAGGAUGACCAUCACCCUGUGGCUUGGGGUUCCAACAGUCGAAAAGGGGCUACACUUGAAUCUUCUUCCGGAAAUUAUGCUAAGGGAAGCCGGUACGAUGAGAACUAUGGAGCGGAAAAAUUGGACAACAGAUCGAAUGCAACCGGUGUAUCGGAAGAAAAAAAAUCUGCAUCUGUUGCUCCGAAGAAAACUACUUGGGCCUCAAUAGCUUCACAGCCGGCGAAACUGACGUCCAGGACUACGCUAACUACUUCCAGUCAUAAAAAGAAAGGUCCGGGGAUGCCCCCGCCCCCAAUGGUGCCAGGAAAACAUAAUUUGGAUGCUAACAUUUGGGAUAUGCCAAACAAUAAUCCACCGCCAGUGCCGUCGCCUCCGCCACCCAUAGAUUUGGGCGCAAGCGAACUUAAAUCGGACUUUUCACCAGUUAUGGGGACAGAUUUCGAAAUAGGGUCGCGAUCCGAAAAUGCUGGUCAAAACAGAGCACCAGACAGCGUAAGAGAUGAAAACAAAAGCAAUUAUGGCAAUAACUUUGGACGUGUAAGAAAUUCACCAAAUGGUCAUUCUCGGAAGAAUUGGUCUACCCAACAUCCUUUACAUCCCCAUCAAAGCGGAAGACAGCCAGGACAUAACCGCCAUGGCGAUGGUAAAUUGGGUGGUGGAGGGGGAAGUGGCAAUGUUGCUGGUAGUAUUGAUGGAAGCACCACUGGCUCAGGCCGUUAUGGGGAUCGAAGACCUCAUUACCCGACCUCGCGACAAGAAAGCGCUUCAACUGAUUAUCAAGAUGAAAAUGCUCCAAAAAUGAUCGAAGCUAAUAAUUAUAGUAGGCCUGUGGAAUCGCCUCAAGCUGUUUUAGAAGAAUUGCGCGAUAAAAAUAAUUACAAUCCAGCCGAGUUUGAUUUGGAAAAUGCAGCAUCAGCCAGGUUUUUUGUCAUUAAAUCAUAUUCAGAAGAUGACAUUCACCGUAGUAUAAAGUACGAAAUAUGGUGCUCUACAGAUCACGGAAAUAAGAGACUUGAUGAUGCCUUCAAAGAACGUCACAAGGAUGGCGGUAAUAUUCUUCUGUUUUUUUCGGUCAAUGGAUCUGGUCAUUUCUGUGGGAUGGCUCAAAUGAUGACUCCCGUUGAUUAUAACUCAACAUCGAGUGUAUGGUCACAAGAUAAGUGGAAGGGAAAAUUCAAAGUUAAAUGGAUUUACGUGAAGGAUGUGCCCAACAACAAAUUGCGCCACAUAACAUUAGAAAACAAUGAAAAUAAGCCUGUGACCAAUUCCCGUGACACGCAGGAAGUGCCCAAUGCCAAGGGAAUAGAAGUUCUACAAAUACUACACUCCUACAAGCACACUACAUCCAUCUUUGACGAUUUCUAUCAUUACGAGAAAAAACAAGAAGAAGAGGUUUCCUCAAAGAAACCAUUAGGCAGUUAUGAUGGUCCACCAGCUAGACCUCACUAUAACUCACGCCAAAAUGAUGAUCGUGAUCGUGAUCGGGACCGUGAUGGUCGAAGUGGUGGGGGCUUACCCCCAAAGUAUUUCGGAUCUUCUUUCCGUGAAAGAAACAACUCCUACCGUAGUGGAAGUUUCAACUCGUAUAAUGACCAUCGCCGUUUCGACAGCUAUCGAAGCGGAGACCGUAGUGAGUUUAGAGAAACCGAAGCUGACAGAGAAAACAAUGAAUACAAUAAUUCCAGUAGGCACAUGCCUAAGUAUGACUACAGCCGAAGAACAGAUGAUAGAGCGUCAUCUAAACACAGUAAUAGAGAGCGGGACUUUCCAGAAGAACAGCAUGCUAAAAACGACUCUUCACGAAUUCGUUCCGGAGCAAGAGAAACCCAAAAAGUCAAUAUUAAUCCAAAUUUAUCAGAGUAACAUAUGACAACGAAUAUUCUUCCACGGAUCGUAUUCGAGGCAAUGACUAUUGAUAUACAUAAAAGAACAGAGAUUAUUAUGGUAAACAACAACAAUCAUGCGGGGCGAACAGUUACAAUUAAUAAUGCAAUAAGUUAUGGCGUCAUUAAUUUUUUUUUGUAUUAUGCAUCAUUAAUAAAGAGCCAUUCAAUUGCUGCAUUGAUCGCAAACAUGCCGAAUAUAUACUUCAAAGUUUAGUAAACACCAAUCUGAUGAUGAAAAGUUUAUUAUCUAUGCAUGCAUUCACAUAUGCGUCAUUCUAGGGAUUUAUUUAUUAAUGUAUCUAAAAUGACGAUUUUUACUUCAAAUAAAUUGCAAUUAAGGAUGUCAGACCAUCCUCUCGAUAAAAGCAAAAGAGGAUUUUAGGAUAUAUAUAUAUACAUAUAUAAAUGAUGAUUACAAUAAAAUAACAGAGAAAAGAUCCGAAACUAACGAUAUUUUUACGUAAUUAUUUUUUAGCAUUAAUAGUAAUUCUAAUAACAUUUGAUGUAUUGACUAAUUGUCCAAGUAAUUGACAAAAUAACGAAGGUAUGCUGUUAAAGUCAUUCCUUGUAGUUGCACUGUUAUAAAUAAAUAGAAAAUGACAAAAAGUAAGCAAACAUCCAUACACAUACAGUUCAAAUAAAUAAAAUCAACAGCAUGAAUCAGUUUUCAUCAAAUAAUUGUAUGUACACGUUUAAUUAUGUAUAUUAUUACCAUGAAGUAAAUUUUCAUCUUAUAUACCUAAACAAAAGUAAAAAAAAAUAAUAAAAAUAUGUAAAACAA